CAGAUGCCUAUGAUAGUUUAACCGUGCACGGGCCGUUCGUGCUGAGGGAGCGCAGCUGCAGCAGCAGUAUCAGAGCGCGUGAAACCGUCGCCACCAGCCGCCGAUUCGUGAUUCUACGUUUGCCUCGACGCCCAGACUCCAGCGUCACCAUGGUGGCAGCCGCUCCAACGGCCGCAGGAAAGGCCCCGGCGCUGAAUGUGGCGCCCGCCGCUGCCCCCGUCAAGGCGACCCCCGCAGUGGCCAUGGCGCCCGUCCCUGCCCCCGCAGUCGGAGCGCGGCCGGCUGUGUUGGCGUCCCCCCAUGCCAACACCCGGGGCGCAGAAUCUUCCAAGAUGCACAGCGACGUGCAGGUGCUUAUGGUGGAACAGAGCGGCGACAUGGCCGAGCUGGGCUCGUACGGCGCUUUUAACAUUUGCUGCAACCUGUUCAUGGGUGCGUGCAUCGGCGCGACGACCGUGCUACUGGUCAUGUUCUUCUUCACCGACUGCCGCUUCGUGAUGACGAAGAAGAACGUCGAUAAGAACAAGUCGCGCGCCGGCAUCGAAGAGUUGGACAGUGCCGCCCACCUCGGCCUCGCCGGAACCACGCUCACGGUGUUGGCGCUGGAGGACGCGACUGAGCUGCCGUCCGCCGGAGAAGAAAGCUCUCCGGAGGAGGCAGGUUCGUCGACGCCCCGCGAGGACGCCACGACGAAGGGCGUCCGCAAGCGGCCUGCCACCGUGCACGCGCCAGACACGGUCUACCAUGAAGGCCGACCGCUGAAUGAGUGAGGAGCGACGGCGGCGAGCUGGGGCUACGCGCAUUGGAAAUAAAAAUUGACCAGAAUGCCUGGGGCGAAGCUGCGGUGCGGAUGUACGCCUCAGAGACAAUAUCUAGCGAAUAGUAAAAUGCAUCGAUGACGCUGCGCGUUAUAACUGUUCGCGGUAUGUUACUGCUUCAUCGAUAAACCACCUCUUUCACAAACGCUA